AUGCGCUCAGAUGUUAACAUUAUCUUCCUAUUCAGUGUGUUCAACCUGCGUUCGGAAGUGAUGGUGAAGCGUCGUGGCGGUCUAAUGCUGAGUUGGACAGGUGCGCGGGUGGAGGUGCCCAAUGGGGCGGUGGGAGGCGCAAAGUCACACCUCAUCUUGGCACCUCUGCCCGCAGCAGUGCGUGCUUACGCCUGUCCGUGGCUCGGGCCCAAUCUAAGGCUGGGCAGUGACGUUCACCUCCUGUGGUGCUCCGCCAAGCUGCGCAAAUUCGUUCAGUGCUUCAUUCCCUUCUCCUGCGCCACUGCCAUUGAGCUCACUACGGUCGAGGCCACCCGUAAGGCCGAAGAGGGGUAUGCUGAAAAAGUUAAAGCAGCGCGAAACGCAGCCAAGGUUGCGGCGAAAAACGCUUCUGAAGGUACCAUCACUGAGACCUUGGGCGAUGGACAUCAUCAGGAGUCGCCUACUCCAACUUCAGAGCGGAAGAGAGACAAGAAGAAAGCUGGACGUCACGAGAGAGUCAAAACUGUUGACUACGUUGCAGUUGGCGUACCCAUCCUUGACACUCGAUCUGUCUUCGUUCUUCAGUCCAAAGUUGGCGAUAAUUUCUGGACCUUAAAAAGGGAAGUCGAGAUAGUACAGCCUACAGUUCACUACAUCGAAUGGCCAUCACGAUUGCGCGAGGCCGCCUACAAGGCAAGUCGCUUUAGCGAGCAUAACGCAGAAGGCGACAGAUCCUCCUCGCCAACCGGAACUGGGAGCGUGGCAGGAGUAGAUAACCGUGCAGGAUUGUCAACGCCAGUGGGUAAGUCAAGCGGCCGCGGAGAGCGUCGUGGAGGGGGCGUUGGAGGUGGAGGCAUUCUGCGGCCAGCCUACACCUCCGACGCAGAGGUACUAAUGCGCUCCGCUCGCGACAACGUCACGAGCCUGGAGGUGGCCAAACGUGCAGCCGUAUUCACUGGAGGAGUGACAUUCCGAACAGACGAGUUGUGUGACUUUAUCGCUGUCGUCAUUGGCACACCCUCCGAGACGGUGGCCUUCGAUUCGGAUGGGGGGCUGCUGCGCUCUCCCAUUCUCCACCCGCUUUUCAGUGUGCGAAUCCCCAAAUUCGCAUUCAAAAAGCCUCUCACCUCCACAUUUAAGGCUAUACAAGUGCGCAAGGACCUGAUGGAAGCCAUUCACCAUUUCGACUUGCAACUCACCGAGAUCAACGAGUGUUCCAAUAUUUAUGAGCUCGACUUGGGCACAGAGGCUUUUGAGAGGCCAGUGACGGUAACCUUACCACUACCCCUAUGGUACACCCAAAUGGUGGAGCAAAUGCGGCAGCACCCUACAUCCAAUCCCUCCGGCGCGGAAGUCAAUGAUGGGGACGGUGGGGGUGGAGGAGCUGGCGAAAUGAUGUUGGAUGUAGAGGAGAACAAGCGAGACAGCAAAGUUUAUCGGUUAACAGGAGCUGCAGAGGGUUCCAGAGGAGGGAAGAAGGGGGACAAAAAUAUUGACCAAGACAACACUAAUAAUGAAAUUCCUAUUGAGGAGAGACCAAAGAACCUCAUUCUCGUCUAUCAGGUGAGCUAUUUUACUGGGAUAUUUUCGUCACAUCGUCUAUUGGUAUGGCUUACGCAGCGACCAACGCUGAAGCGUCAACUAGUGUGGCGAGCGUCCACAGGCGAUGCGAACAGUGACAACGCUGUGAAUCGAAAGCGUCAGACAAAGUCAGGCAACUACCGUGACACGACCACCUCAGCAGUGCUUCGCGGAGACAGUCUGAACGCCAAAAAUGGAUGGAUGCACCUCCUUUUAGGUCUCAAAGGUGCGCCCUGGAAAGACGUCCCCAUCAAUGGACCCUUUACUCCGCGCUGUCUGCAGAUCAACACCUACCAGCUCGGUCGCUUUGCUAUGGUAUACUCGAACGAUCCUCAGCGGACGCCGUCGUCGAAAGUGGCGCACCUGAUGGCGCGUCUGGAGGCCUUGAGCGUGGCGCCGCCGGGCGUGCUGCUGCUGUGUCUACACGCAGACCCUUCGAGGGUCUGUCUGUGGGUGGACUGCGUGCCAUCCACUAAACUUAUUGCCACCAUUGAGAAUCGACUCAACGCCGGUUUUGUACCCCUUGUCCAGGCAGGUCCCGUUCUCAACCCCCUUCCACUUGGUUAUGGCAAUUCUACAGAGCACGCUUUCCACGGCUUCAUGCUUCUCUCCUGCCACAUUUACGGUUGGUAUUCAUCGACGGCUAGCCCUUCGAGGCGGUGUGCGGCGAUUGCAAACUGCGCCUAUCAGAGUCUGCAAUACUUACAAUCUGUUUCCGACAGCCCUCCAGACAAAUCUCCUGUGCGUUUUGUUUGUUUGAUGCCUCUUCUUAAUUGUAGCUUCCAUAGGAAAUCGAUUACGUUUAUUCCCAUCUUUGGUACGUCGAAGUACCGACUGAGUGGCUUUGAUCUGCUCCGCGUCCUCCUCUACAAUGGCCUCUGUAUUCGCUUGGUGAUAAAAGGUCAGCUUCUACUUCGAACUCGUGGCCUAUUUGACUGUUUGUUAACUCUCUUGGAGGCUAAACGGAGCCUCCUUCAGCAACAGCAAGCGGCCACUGAGCCCUCGGAUGCCGCGGAAAGUUCUACUACCAUCACUGCUUCACAAACGAUUGCAGAGGAAGCAGCUUUGCUGUCCGGGAGUCGAGGAAACGCUACCUCCUUGCCGGGGGCUGAUGUGGUACCACCAGAGCAAUUCAUCACUACUACAGAAACAAGAUUCUCUUUUCAUGAGCUCCUCAAUGAUGGUGCCACAAUCAUCGACUUAGAACCUCUCAGAGAAAGCUUUGCUCGUAUGGCUCUCCAACGCGCUCGCAAGGAAAACUUAAUCCAAAAUCUCCUGAAUCGUCGAUUGGAAGAGCUAGAAGAAGCCAAAAGUUCAGAGACGCGGGCAGAAGGGGGAGAAGAGCAGGAUAAAGCAGAGGAGAAGGAAGUGGAACAUCAAGGUCAUAAUAUCUACAACGCGUCUGAUGCCGUGGAUGACUCUUCUACGAUCCUUCCAUCUCUGCGGUUUGAUGAUUUCCAGUCUGAGGACGAAAGCGAUAAGGAAGAGGAGGAAAUAGUGGAGACGGCCUCAGCAUUUUCACGGGAGUCACACAACGUUGAGCAGUCGAAGAGGCUGGAUACGAAGGGAGAGCUAAAUGAGGAAGAUGAAGUGGAACUGGAAGAGGAUGAAUGGAUUCCAGCCGGUGUGGAUGGAGAUGACGAAAAAACCACUAUGGAUACUUUAAAAAAUCUCGUUGAUGCUUUCUCAAACAAAAAUGCAUCCCUUCUAGGAUUCCACGUCACUAAGGAUCUGUGUCGUCGUCUGACAACCAUUUACGAUAAGGGACUGUCAGGUGAUGCACGUGGAAGUCAUUUUUUUAUAUUUGGUACAGAGGCGAUUGAAUUAAUUGACCGAGUGUACGAGAUGUACGCGGUGGGACGGGUGGAGAUUUACCUUGUGCAGCCCACGGAUAUGGCUCAGGUGAGAGAACGAUUGGCAGAGGACGAAGAGCAGAAGGAGGAGGCGGAGGCAAAAAUCAAGGAAACCAAUGUCUCCAAUCCCCUGGCAAGGAUUACCCCGCUUGAAGAUGACGAUAUUGAGAGUGCUGCUGCCAACGAGGGAGCCAUUCUAGCGCAGGGCGUGGAUGAGACAGCAGCGAACAACAAAAGCGACGUAAAAGUCAGUGGACGAAAUCAGAGCAACAUGAAGUGGAAUAAAAAGGGAGAUCCUUUGAAUCCCGAUGGCAGCAUGCAGCAACCUCUCGCGUCCUAUGAUGUGAGUUCAUACUUUCUGCUACUGUCUCGAAAAACACUUUUAGGUAGUCUAUCCAUGAAGUUUUUACCUUCUAAAGAGAAAGACAAAAAAAACUGUAGCACGACAUCCAAACAGAACCUGAAACACUAG